UUAAAAUACUGCUAAUAAGCUAGCUACUAAUCCCCUCUCUCUCUCUCUUGAGUACCCACUAAGUAAAUCAUACUAUAUACAAAGACAAACAGGCAGAACUUUUUCCAUGCAAGAGAGAGAGAGAGGAUGGCACUAAUUCUCUUUUUCUCAAACCCACAAAAGAAUCAUAAAGAAGCUUAUGGGUUAAGAAACAUCAGCUUCUCUGAACCCUAAAAAGCAAUUUUUAUAUAUAAAACAAAAGCAGUCAAGUUUACCAAAGGACCAAAUUACUAAUUUAUAUGUGUAUGGUAAUAUAACCCAUAAAAUACACAAUUACAUAUAAAUUAAGUAUAAAGUCCCCUCCCCACCCUCCUCCUUUAUUCUUCUCCUCAUUCCACCUUCACUCUUUUCUUUCUUGCUUUCUUUCUCUUGUCUCUGCAAAACCACAAAAAAAAAAAAAAAAAAAAACCACUCCCUCUUGUUGAUGUGAUUCUCCACUUGUAUUAUCUCACCCUCAAAGAGAAACAAAAAAAAAAAAAAACAACCCAAACAACCUUUACAAAAAGAGAAAGAUCAAGAACCAUGGUUUUUUCUUCUCUUCCAGCUUAUCUUGAUCCAGCCAACUGGCAGCAACGACAACCAAAUCAUCAUCAUCAUCAUCAUCACCAACCUGGCGCAAGUACCGGUGCAAAUGCUCACCUUAUUCCUCCUACUCCUCCACCUCCUCCUCCUCCUCCUCCACCACCACCACCUCAUGGAAGUGGUGGUGCUGGCUCGAUCCGGCCAGGUUCGAUGGCGGAUCGAGCUCGCUUGGCUAACAUACCUAUGCCAGAGGCAGCAUUAAAAUGUCCAAGAUGCGAAUCAACAAACACUAAGUUUUGCUACUUCAACAACUAUAGUCUCACACAGCCUAGGCACUUUUGCAAAACCUGUAGAAGGUACUGGACAAGAGGUGGUGCCCUAAGAAAUGUCCCUGUUGGUGGUGGUUGCAGGAGGAACAAGAGAAGCAAAGGAAGCAGCAGCUCCAAAUCUCCUGUCAGUAGUGAUCGCCAAACAGCCUCCGGUACUUCAAGCACUCUGUCUUCCAGUGGAACCAGUGAUAUUUUAGGUCUUGGACCACAGGUUCCACCUUUGAGAUUCAUGGCUCCUCUGCAUCAUCUUAAUGAAUAUGCUCCAUGUGAUAUUGGGUUAAAUUAUGGUGCCCUUUCAGCACCUGUUGGAGGAACUAGUGACUUGAAUUUUCAGAUAGGGAGUGCUUUAGCUAGUACUGGUCUUGGUGGAGGUAGUGGUGUUGCUGGUGGUUCUCUUUUGUCAAUGGGUGGUUUAGAGCAGUGGAGGUUGCAACAAGGACAGCAAUUUCCAUUCUUGGGUGGGUUAGAUCCUUCUUCUUCUGCUGGGUUAUACCCUUUUGAGGGUGGAGCUGAGCCAUCUGGUUAUGGUGGUGGGAUUGGAGGCCAGGUUAGGCCAAGGACAUCAACUUCUUUAACUACCCAAUUCGCCUCAGUGAAAAUGGAAGACAACCAUGAGCUUAAUUUGUCAAGGCAGUUCUUGGGAAUUAAUAAUCCAGGAAGUGAUCAGUAUUGGAGUAGUACCGCAUGGACAGAUCUUUCUAGUUUUAGCUCUUCUUCUACUAGUAAUCCAUUAUAGAUAUUGUCUUUGCUGGUCUGUGCUUAACCAUGGGUUCAAGCUUCAGUUUUUCCUAUUUCCCUUUCCUCAGUUAAAGAAAAUCACAAGUAGUUAGGAUCAUCAUUUUCAUCAAUCACUCGUCUUCUUGAAUCUCCAUAGCUGGAAAUUUUACUGCUCAAGUUCAAGAUAGAGGAGUUUGGAAGAUGGAUGAAGGAGUUUGCUUCUUUCAAGAUUAACUAGAAAACCCUAGAACGGUAGGCUUUUGUCUUUCUUCUUUUUUUCUUUUUUGGUUUUUCUGGAGUUACUUCGUUUCUUUCUUACUUCUUAUUGUAGUUUUAGGUUGCGAUGUAGUAGCAUGUUUACCACAGAUGAGCGUAUGGUGAAUCUAUGCGAGCUAGUUUGUAUCACAUACAUAUGCUGAUGAAAACUAUAUGUUUUUGAGUUCCAUAUGAA